AAAAUGAAAAAAUAAUAUCAAAAAAGUUAAAAAAAAUAAUCAGAAAACAAAAUCCAACUACGUAAUCACGUAUAUUGAUCGUUUAUAGUUCGUAGCUCUAAAAAAAUUGUGAAAACAACAAGAAUUAGUGAACCGUACUGCAACUAACAACACCAAAACAUCCAACAAAACUUACAGCAACAACAAAACAUUGGCGACAAUGAAGCAACUAAUUGGAUUAUUACUAAAUUUGGCUGCCAUAACAGCCACGGCGUUGGGCAAUCACCAUGAAAUGCUUACGCUUAGUCCCUCCGAACAUUCUCUGGUGCGUUACACGAACGAUUCGCUGAUAGUACAAUGUCGCAGUUCAGCAUCCGAUGCACAGUUGUUGUGGCGGUCGCCGAAAGGUGAAAUAAUUAAGGAACAUAAAGGACGUAUACAUAUUGAGCAGAAUGCGCCAGAACAAUUGAAAAUUGUUUUCUUACACAUUUCACUCGGCGACAAGGGCAAGUGGCGUUGUGAGGAUGCGAACGGCGAUAGAGCUGAAAUGUCCUUCGAACUCAUUGUCUAUCAAAAAAUUGCUUUUACCGAGAACUCCACUAUACUCACAGUGAAGGAGGGUAAAGAUGCAUUCAUACGUUGCGAAGUGAAGGGAGAACCCCAGCCGAAUGUCACGUGGCAUUACAAUGGACAGCCAAUUAUUGUUGAAUACAACUCAACAAAGUUCCAAAUACUAGCUGAUGGAUUGCAGGUCCGCAAGGUAACUCAGAACGACACCGGCGAAUAUACGUGCCGCGCCUAUCAAGUGAAUACAAUCGCAUCGGACAUGCAGGAGCGUACUAUUUUGAUGAAAAUCGAACAUAAACCAUUCUGGCGCUACACCAAUUACACAGAACCGCAGUACGUGUACCCCAAUGGAAGCGUGACCUUACCAUGCGAGGCAAUCGCUGAGCCGCCAGCCAAUUUUACCUGGUACAAGAACAGCAAUAAGAAACAUUUACAUAACGACAGACACUAUACCAUCCACACGGAUUACUAUGCGUCCACGUUGAAGAUUCAAGCGCGCACCGAAAAUGCUUACGACAAGUAUCGUUGUGUGGCGGAAAACCAGUUGGGCGCCAUUGAAAGAGUUAUAACAUUGAAACGGGGGGUUAAGCCACCACCGCCUAGCGUUUUGCAGUUGCGUGGAUUCAAUUCGAAUAGGUUUGAUGUGGAUGUCGGUUCGGUGCGGCCUUCGCCGGCACGCGCUGCACCGGGUGAUCAGUUGAUGGAGGUGAGAGGUUUCCGUUUUGAGUACAUGACGGAAUAUGAAUUCAAAUCGGAUGGAGGCAAGUGGACGAAUGCCAAGAGCAAGGAGUUUCCAUUCGAAGAUGGUGCAACAUUUCUCAUCAACAAUCUCGAAGAGAACACCACCUACUUAAUGCGCGCGGCAACUUGGAAUGUAGCCGGCAUUAGCGAUUGGACAAGAGUGGAGAAAUUCACCACACUCUCCAAUGAGCCUAAAUCAUCAUCGGCGCGUUUGGAACACUUGACUGCCGCACAGUUGUUGUGCAUAUCUUUGGUAGCUUUGUUGUUGUGUAAGGAAUUAACAUUUGGUUUUCAGCCCGUGGCUAGUAUAACGAAAUUACGCCGCCGUCCAGCUGGUGUGCGUUGGUGAAGCAAUGCAAUGUGAAUCGAGCAAUUGAGGAGCAGCGUAAGAAUGAGUUUCAUAAUGCGUAUUCUAUUUGAGGCGAUUAAUGCUAAUUAAUGAAAUAGUUUAAAAUGCUGAAUGUUUCGAAAUAUUUAAAAAUAUAUAUA